GGAGGCGGGGCGCUCCCGGCGUGCUCUACGGCGGCCGCCGCCCGCGGGGUUUGAAUCGUGCUCUCCGGCGUCCGGGCGGUGGUUCACGGCGGCGGCUGCAGGGGCAGCGUCAUGGCCGCUCCGGCUCUGCCCCCGACCUGGCAGCUGUAUCUCAUGAACCACCGCGUGUCCACCUUCAAGAACUGGCCGUUCCUGGAGGGCUGCUCCUGCACCCCGGAGCGGAUGGCGGAAGCUGGCUUCAUCCACUGCCCUACCGACAAUGAGCCUGACUUGGCCCAGUGUUUUUUCUGCUUUAAGGAGUUGGAAGGCUGGGAACCAGAUGACAACCCUCUAGAGGAGCAUAAAAAGCACUCGCCUGGGUGUGCCUUCCUGACUGUCAAGAAGCAGUUUGAAGAACUAACCCUCAGUGAAUUCUUGAAACUGGAGAAAGAAAGAGCCAAGAACAAAAUUGCAAAGGAGACCAACAGCAAGCAGAAAGAAUUUGAAGAAACCGCAAAGACCAUCCGCCACUCCAUUGAGCAGCUGGCUGCCUGGCAGUGAGCCUUUGCUGGAGACCUGGGCCCGAGUGACAUGCCACAUUGGAGCCACGUGUCCCAGCUGGUAUUUUAAAGCUGGGAAGUGGCUCAGCCCGUGUGCCUGCCUCUCUUGAUAUUUUCGCUUUGCUCUGUUGUCACCUGGACUGAA